UACGUCCAAAAUGGCGACAGAAGUUGUCAAUAUUUUCGGACGAUGAUCUCAUGUCGGUUUUAGCAUUUCCUGAAACUGACCGGAUAGAUUACUUCAGUGUCACAACAACUGGAAUCGAUUUAAAAUGUCUUUGAGAGAUGUCAAACUUUGCCUUCUUGGCGACUCUGGUGUGGGCAAAUCAAGUAUUGUCAUGAGGUUUGUCAACAACCAAUUCAAAAAUGCCUUGGAAAGCACUAUAGGUGCAUCAUUCAUGACCAAAACACUGUUGGUGGAUGGCAAUACAUACAAGUAUCAGAUAUGGGACACAGCAGGCCAGGAGAAGUAUCGAGCCUUGGCCCCAAUGUACUACAGGGGUGCCGCUGCCGCCAUUAUAGUCUAUGAUGUCACACGAGAGUCCACGUUUAGAUCAGUAAAAAGCUGGGUCCAAGAGUUGAGAAGGCAAGGAUCACCGAAUAUCGUCAUAGCAAUAGCGGGCAACAAAUGUGACUUGGAUGAUCUCAGGGAAGUUAGGAAAAAAGAUGCUCAAGACUACGCCCGAGACAUUAAUGCCAUUUUUUGUGAAACAAGCGCCCUGACAGCCGUAAACGUACCACAACUCUUUGAUGCCAUAUCUAAGGAGCUUCCCCCCGAGGAAUUCAACAAUCAACGCUACGGGAGCACGGUCAACCUUCGUCGCAAAGAAGAGCCGAGGAAGAAGGGGAAGUGCUGCGGAGGAGGGGGAGCGGGAGCGGGAGGAGGAGGAGGAGGGGGAGGGGGAGGGGGAGCAGGUUCAAGGUCAAGCAAGGCGACUUGACACCAACACCUGUACUGAUUGCUCCAUUUAGGAAACCAUUGUCUUUCCCAUGAUAUCGUUUCAUGUACUAAUAUCCAGAUGGUUUAUUAUUUGUGAUUAUUUGUUAAACGAGAAGGUUUAAUAUACUCAUGUCAGCAUAUCAUGUCAUUAGGAGGUAUGCAAGGGUUACUUUGGUCUUCAACAUUUUGUUCCGAAUGAAAGGAGUAAGGCUGAUAUUGACCGAUGAGUUUGAAACAUUGAUAUGAAAAUAUCAGCCCCUAGUUCUUAUUUAGAUUUAUUUGUAGACACUGAUAAUUCAUAAUUUGUAAAUUUGUUGAUAACAAGAUAUCAAAAGUAGAUUAGAUUAUUUUGUCAAAGAUGUUUGAAAUAUUUUUAGAAAAGCAAACAUUUGGGUGAAUGGAUAGUUUUGAGCUCACCUGUUGAAGUUAUGUUGCCAUCUUUAUUGUGUUGCGGGAACAACACUGUCUUCAAAGAAUGUAUAUUUAUGAUUAUGUGAACAUUCCUUAGAUAAGGGCGCACGGUUGGCUCAGUUGUCUAAGGCACCGCAAUUCACUGUGCAGAGUUGCAUCCCUUGGACAUGCCACAAAUCUAUGAUUGUGGGGUUGAAUCCCAGUUCGCCCUGAUGAUGUUUCUAGGUUUGU